UAUAUGAGAUGAGAAAUCAGAUGUUAAAAAUGGAAAAUGGAAGUUUUGAAAUUGAAGAUGGGUUUUUUGGGUCAUUGCCAGAAGGUUUUGUAGCAAAAGCUUUAUCUUUAACAAGUCCAAAAGAUGCAUGUAGACUGUCUUUAGUUUGUUCACUUUUUAGGUCUGCUGCUGAAUGGGAUGCUGUUUGGGAAGCUUUCUUGCCGGAGGAUUGCCGCACGGCGGUGGAACACGGUGGCGGUGGGUGUUUGAGCAAGAAAGAGUUGUUUCUUCGUUUGUGUGAUCGCCCACUUAUUAUUGACGGUGGACAUAAGAGCUUCUCAUUGGACAAGCAAACCGGAAAGAAAUGCUAUAUGUUGGCUGCCAGAGACUUGUCAAUCGUUUGGAGUGAUACUCCGAGAUAUUGGAGAUGGAUUUCAUUACCCGAAUCAAGGUUCAAAGAAGUAGCUGAGCUUAUAAGUGUAUGCUGGUUUGAAGUCCAUGGCAGGAUCAAGACAAGAAUGUUAUCACCAAACACAAUUUACACAGCAUUCAUGGUGUUCAAAUGGACAUCAGAAAACCACGGAUUCGGGUACCAACCAGCAGAGGUUUCAAUUGGGCUAAGUGGGCUCGAAAGCCAUCAGACCCAAACAAUCUUUCUUGAGCCCGAAGGUGAGCCAAUAAGGCAUUACCCAGUCGUGCCAAGAAGACGAAUGGGUAUGUUUAACAGGGGUCGGGUUCUGAACCCGACCCUGGUCGUGCCAUUCAACACGUGUUCGAAUGGAAACAGGCCAAAACAAAGAGAAGAUGGAUGGAUGGAAAUUGAACUUGGUGAGUAUUUUGUAAAGAAUGGUGAAGAAGGUGAACUUGAAAUGAGUAUCACAGAAGUAAAAAGUGGAAAUUGGAAAGGUGGGCUUGUCAUUCAAGGAAUUGAGAUUAGGCCUAAACAUUGUAAUAAUAAAAGUUAAAAUGUUAAUUGUUCCUUUUCUUUUUUUUUUUUUACUUUUUUUUUUUUGUUGUUACUUCAUGUUGCUUAGAGUCACUCAUUAAUUUUAUUUUAAUGAUUUUUGAAAUUUUAUAUACCACCAAAAGUGUUAGAAAUGUUGCUUUUGACUUCAA